GUGUAGUGCAGGAGCUGAGACACAUGUUGUUCAGAUCAGAGCUCAAACUAGUUUCCCUUCUCAGGAAGUGAGAAUCAGACGGUGGUUGUCACUGAGAGGUGAAAUGGCGCAAAAAGGAGUUCAGCUGGACCGGGAAACCUUCUCUUGUUCCAUCUGUCUGGAUCUACUGAAGGAUCCGGUGACUACUUCUUGUGGACACAGCUACUGCAUGAACUGUAUAAAAAGCCUCUGGGAUGGAGAGGAUUGUAAGAAAAUCUACAGCUGUCGUCAGUGCAGGCAGAUCUUCACACCGAGGCCUGUCCUGCUGAAAAACACCAUGUUAUCAGAUAUAGUGGAGGAACUGAAGAAGACUGGACUCCAAGCUGCUCCUGCUGAUCACUGCUAUGCUGGAGCUGAAGAUGUGGCCUGUGAUGUCUGCACUGGGAGAAAACUGAAAGCCCUCAAGUCCUGUCUGGUGUGUCUGGCUUCUUUCUGCGAGAAACACCUUCAGCCUCAUUAUGACGCAGUUCCGUUAAAGAAACACAAGCUGGUGGAGCCCUCCAAGAAUCUCCAGGAGAACAUCUGCUCUCGUCAUAAUGAGGUAAUGAAGAUGUUCUGCUGUACUGAUCAACAGUGCAUCUGUUCUCUCUGCUCUGUGGAGGAACAUAAAGGCCACGACACAGUCUCAGCUGCAGCAGAAAGGACUGAGAGGCAGAAAAAGCUCAAGGUGAGUCAACAAAACAUCCAGCAGAGAAUCCAGGAGAAAGAGAAAGAUGUGAAGCUGCUUAAAUGGGAAGUGGAGGUUAUCAAUCGCUCUGCUAAUAAAGCAGUAAAGGACGGUGGGAAGGUCUUCACCGAGCUGAUCCGUCUCCUGGAGAAAAGACGUUCUAAUGUGAAGCAGCAGGUCAGAUCGCAGCAGAAAAGUGAAGUGAGUCGAGUCAAAGAGGUUCAGGAGAAGCUGGAGCAGGAGAUCACUGACCUGAAGAGGAAAGACGCUGAGCUGGAGAAGCUCUCACACACAGAGGAUCACACCAAGUUUCUACACAACUACCCUUCACUGUCACCACUCAGCCAAUCAGCAUCCAGCAUCGAUCUCCGUCCUCGGCGCUACUUUGAGGACGUGAUGGCAGCCGUGUCAGAAGUCAGAGAUAAACUACAGGACGUUCUGAGAGAGAAGAGGACAAAAGUCCCACUGACAGGGACUGAAGUGGAGGUUUUACUGCCACAACCAGAGCCCAAGACCAGAGCUGACUUCUUAAAAUAUUCACGUGAAAUCACACUGGAUCCAAACAUAGCAUACACACAUCUGUUAUUGUCUAAAGGGAACAGAAAAGCAAGAUUAAUGAGUGAAGAUCAGUCUUAUCCUAGUCACCCAGACAGAUUCACUAAAAAGCUUCAGGUCCUGAGUCGAGAGAGUCUGACUGGACGUUGUUACUGGGAGGUGGAGUGGAGAGGGAGAGGAGAUUAUGUAGCAGUCGCAUACAAGAAUAUCGGCAGAAAAGGGGAUUUAAAUAAAUGUGGAUUUGGACAAAAUGACAAAUCUUGGGCGUUAGAUUGUGACAUAUGCGGUUAUAAAUUUUGGUACAACAAUUUGAAAACUCCCAUCCCAGGUCCUGUGUCCUCCAGAGUAGGAGUGUACCUGGAUCACAGUGCAGGUAUUCUGUCCUUCUACAGCAUCUCUGAAACCAUGACUCUCCUCCACAGAGUCCAGACCACAUUCACUCAGCCGCUCUAUGCUGGACUUCGAUUUUUCUCUAUUAGAGACACUGCUGAGUUGUGUAAACUGAAAUAAACCGUUUACACAACGGGGGUUUAAGUCUGUGUUUCAGUUCCUCCAGGAUUUGCAGCUUCUUGUUUUUGUUUAUCGCGGUCCAAAAUGCCUGAUUUUGUUGCAUUUUUUUGGGAACAUUUUGAUAAAAGCUGCAACGUCUGCUGUAUUUUUGUUGCAAUGAAAUUGCGGGAUAUAAUAUGAAAACGGCCGGUGGA